GCAACCCCGUCCCAGAGCAGCCGUCUCGGUUUCUAGCCCUGCGCUGCCGCGGGGCAGCACGAAUCCUGCCAUCACCGUCGGGAUUUGUGCCAUGGGAUCCAGGGAGGUUCGGCUGCCGUCGGCGGCUAGUCAAUCAACGGUAGAGAGCUAUGUUUCCCGCAUGGCCUCGAAGCUGCCCGCGCACUUCGCCUUCGCCACACUGAUGCCGUGGAGUUCGCCGCAGCGACCCGAGAAGGUCGUCACACCAGACUCUGCCCCUGAAGGCCACUGGGACGCAGAGGAGAUCGCGUCCGUGGCGUCCGAGUGCACCAACUUGCUGGUGCCAUGCACGUUCGAGACGCGGUACGAGAAGCGCACGAUGAAGAAGUUGCUGGAGCUGCUCGAGCCGUACGAGAGCUGCUGCGUGUUCCUGCUGCAGCUGCUUGAGGUCACCGGUGAAAUGAGCCGGGAAUACGUGACGACGGUCAUGGCACGCCACGACGCACUCUUGGCCGUCGGUGCCAACGCGGUGGUGCUGGAUCCCAGUGACAAUGCAGACCACCUGCGCCAGAUACUCGACCAGGAGCGGGCUUGGUUCGAGGCGAAUGCGAAGCGUGCAAAUUCGAUGGUCGUUUGCAACGACGACUAUUUCCAGCGUGUGCUGGAGUAUCACCAUGAGCUGCUAUGGGAGAGUGUUCCAAAAUCGCUGAUGCCCAAGUUCGACCCCAUCGAUCGCAACCUCGUUGAGACGGCCAACAGGGUGGGCGACUUCCAGCUGACCAAUCGAUUUAAAACAAGGAACGGCAAUGUACUGCUUGCCAGUAAGUGCCAACCCGAUGAAGCUGUCAUCAAGGUCUACGACAAGUCGGACCACGUGUCUGCUGGAGACCUGGAGUGCAUCUAUCGCGAAAUACGCUUCUUGAGGGACGUGCUGAGGCACCCGAACAUCGUCCGUUGCACCCACAUGCUCCAUAGCUUCUCACGGGUGUACUUGUGCCUCGAAUUCGGGGGCAUGCCGAAUUUGCACCGGCGCCUCUUGGACCAGCCAGGAUACCGCCUCGACUUGGAGGAUGCUGUGGAAUGCACAAUGCAGAUAGCAGGAGCGCUGGCCUACUGCCACUCACGCGACGUCGUGCACAGACAGGUCUCUCUGGAGCACAUCAUCUUGGAGGACCAGUCUCACAAGCCAUUCUGCCGCCUGGUGGACUUCCACCAGGCGACGCACUGCCCAGAGUUGACGCCGUCGUCCACGCAGUGCGGAGAACUGCCGUGCAUCGCCCCGGAGGUGGCCCUGGACGAGUCGUACCUCGCCAAGCCUGCGGACUGCUGGAGCCUCGGGGUGGUGCUCCUGGAGGCGGCCGGGGGCUUGGGGUCAAUGAGGCAGGCGGUCGGCUGGCCGGAGGAGGCGGAGCUGGAGCCCGCCGCUAGAAGGAUCAAGAGCUUCUUCUCCACCAGCGGCAGCCACGCUCGCGCACUGGCGGUCAUGGGCGGCGUGCGCAGCGAGGCGGUGCUGGACACGCUGUCCGCACUCCUCACGGUCGAGCCCACGGCUCGGGCGACCAUGGCCGCCAUCACGCAGUCUUCCGCCUAGUCCUUGGGCGCCGCGGAGAAGGCCGUGUCGCAGGGAGAGCGGGCGCAGCGGUAGGCGUGCGCCAGAGCGGAGACCGAGACAUUCUGUCGGGAGCCUUGAGGGCGUCCCCGAUUCUGCCGGAGCACUGAGCGGCCGAGCCCUGUGUUCUGGGCUGGCCGGGUAGGCCAUCGGGAGGGCGCGUGCGCCAGUCCAGGGGAGCGGGAACAGGGUAUUCUGCUUCAGUCAUGCCAUGCUCAGCCCUGGUCUCAUCAGGGUAGGUCUGCAGUUGCCGUCCAUGCACUUCCAUGUGCUCGAAGCUAUUGCCAAGCUGUCUCUCCAGCCGCAAGGCUGAAAUACUCUGACAUGCCAUAUCUAGCUGGGGGCCAGACUGUUGCAUUCAGACUUCUGCCAGGACGACUUCAGAAUGCGAGCGGACGCUUGCACUCCCAGUCAUGCCUGUAACUAUUGAUAGGUAUGUAGUCGGAGGUCGGGGGGGGAGAUCGCAGCGGAGCGGAGAGUCUCCGACCAGGAAAUCGGUGCUGGUGUUGUGUUCGUGUCGUGCGUGCGGG